UUGUUUCUUCCACCUAUUGUUAUUGUGCGGUGACGGAUGUUUUAUUAAGUUCUUACAACAAAAACAAAUAUUCAAGUAAAGAAAAGAACAACGAAGGUCAAUUAAUAAAUACUUGGCAAUUUUACAUAUAUUACAAGAUAUUAAUGAUUAUUGGCCUUUAAUAAAUCAGUAAUCGAUUACAACAAUACGUCCAAAUUAAUCAAGUUACUAUGACGACAACAUAACAAGGCAUUUGCUAGGAUAUCACAGAGGAAGUAGCUGCUGCUACUUUCCUUUCAUUGCAGACCAAAAAGAACACGUCAUUACUACAUAAAACGCAAUAACAUUCUCCAAAGGAUUGGAAGGACUCGAAAAAAGCUCAAUUCAAACUAUCCAUCAUGUUCAUUUUGGAUAAAAUUCUGCCAUAUAUAUUCGUUUAUAUACGUCCAUUUAUAAAAUGGUUCCUACACACCUUUACACGUCUAAGUGAGCUGCAAAGGAUUUGCUAUGGUGCCCGUUCAGGGGCCAGCCGUACCCGCCAGGUGGAACGUUCUUUGUACUUGUCGAAAAAGCCCGAAAUAAAACAUUUGUUAAGGGAAAUGGAUGAGGCUGCCGAAUAUUGCAGCCACGAGGAAUUAAUGCAAUUCCCCGUCAAGGCGGUGGCCGUUGUGCAACGCGUGAAACGCAUAAAGCCAAGGAUACAUCCAGACUUUGCUGGUCUCUUCGGAUCGUGUGUAUUACAUAUCUGGAGCUAUAAACACUUGAUGCAUGAGGUUGAAAGGUUACGCUCCGAAAUGUAUGAUGCUGAUAAUUUGGAACAUGAACAAAAGUUAUUGGAAUUGUGGAAACGUUUAAUGCCUGAUGAGGACCUGACAGGACGUAUAUCCAAACAAUGGCAAGAUAUUGGAUUUCAGGGGGAUGAUCCCAAAACCGAUUUCCGUGGCAUGGGUAUGCUGGGUCUGGAAAACCUGCUCUUUUUUGCCCGAGAAUACAAGGAGGCAGCCCACCAUGUCCUGUUGCAUUCACGUCACCCCAAAUUGGGUUACACUUUUGCCAUUGUUGGCAUUAAUCUCACCGCCAUGGCAUAUCGCCUACUCAAAAAUGGUGAUGCUAAGACACAUUUCUAUAAUUUAGCCCAAGCCAUAAAGCAGCCAUGUUCCCUGACACAUUUCCAUAAAUUCUAUUGUUAUUUACUCUUUGAAUUCGAUCGUUUUUGGUUGGAAUCCGAGCCGACGAAUAUCAUGGAUUUCCGUGAAAUCUAUCAAAAUUUUGAAAUAACCAUUAUUGAAGCUUUGCAAAGGGACACAACGAUUUUUAAGACAAAUUUAGUUGUGGAAAAUGUCUAGGAAUAGUUAGCUCGAAAUUACUUUUAGUUACUAUUUUUUUGUUGUUGCACCAAUUUGUUAUUUUAUAGGGAGAAAAUUAUUUAUAUUGUAAUUUAUAUGUAGGCACACGAAAAAUGUAAGUUUUUUUAUUAAUUAAUAACAAUUAGUGUAUGUAUUUUGUAAAUCGAAUAAAUAAAAUUUAAAAGUUCUUUUCAGGAGAACAGAAAAACAA